AUGGCUCUUGGGCUGCUGCACAGCGGUGUUGGGAGCCGACUGCUUGCUGAGGCGUCUCUCAAUGCUGCCGUCACCGCAUGCGGUGUUGCGGGAGCAUGGCAACAUUCCCUACAAGUAUUGGCCUUGGCAUGCCAGCUUCGACUGCGGAGCCCUAUUACCUUCAACGCUGCCAGUUUCGCGUGUCAUGAGGCAAGCUGUUGGCAGCUGUCUCUCGUCCUGCUGAGAGACAUGCCUCUCGCACAUGCGACCACGCCAGAUCGUGCCAGCUUCAACACUGCCAUCACAGCCUGUGGACGAGGGGCUCAGUGGGAGCAAGCUCUGCAGUUUCUUAGCAAGCUCUCUCAAGAACGGAGCUUGGAUCGAGUUAGCCUGGCUGCCGCAACAGCAGCUUGCGACAUGGGGAGGCAAUGGGAGGCCGCGGUAGCGCUUCUCGAAGAAUCCAUUCGCAAAAAGAUGCUGAGCGGAGCAUGUUUCACCUCAGCCAUGAGCGCCUGCGCGCGCAGCAGGGGCUGGGAGACGGCUUUGCGUAUAUUCAGCUGGAUGCCCGGGCACACGGUGAGGCAGGAGGCUAGAAGUUUUGGAGCGGUGCUCAAUGCAUGCCUUGACGGAGAUUCCUGGCCGUGGGCUCUUGAGCUCCUUGAGAUGAUGAUCAGCCAAAAGCUGGUCCCGCAAGGAUGUCACGUUGGAUCUGUCACCGCGACCUUGGAGCAGACGAAGGGACGAGAGGUCGCACGACAGUUUCUGGACGGUUACCGUGCCGCUUGGGCAUUGGAGGACUUGCCAGGUAGAGAUGAGGACGGAGACUUGAAGGCUGCAGUGGCUGCAGUGUCCCAGUGCUUUGGCCUUGCGUCGAUAUGA